AUGUCAGAUUUGGACGCUCUUGAAGCGGAAUUCGGUCGUGGCAAAAAGGACGAAACAAGAGUGACAGCCACGCAUGCAGACUCUGAUAGUUUUGAAUACGAUAGUGGCACUGGUCAAUCGAAAAACCAAGACAAAGAUGGAAAAUCCGCACAAUUCGCCAAAGACCAUGGAAAAUACGGAUCUGGCUACGGCGCAAGCUACAAUGCGGGCAUCACACACAUCCCAGCUUAUGAAGAGCCCACGGUGGAUCUCAAAGACUGGUUCGACGACAAAUUGAAACCAUACCUCAACCUGGGCUCCGUCACUUCGUACGUGCGCAGCCUGUUCCCGUUCUUGUCAUGGAUUCACCACUACAACUUGCGUUGGUUGUACCAAGAUGUGGUUGCUGGUAUCACCGUGGGGUGCGUUUUGGUACCACAAUCGAUGUCGUACGCACAGAUAGCGACUUUGCCGCCGCAAUUCGGUCUGUAUUCGUCGUUCAUCGGAGCAUUCAUCUAUUCGUUCUUCGCUACCAGUAAAGACGUGUGCAUCGGGCCUGUGGCCGUGAUGUCACUGCAGACAGCGAAAGUGGUGGCUGCUGUGACGGCCAAGCUGCCCCACGAAUCGGAUGUGACUGGUCCCAUCAUUGCUACAGCGCUGGCGCUGUUAUGUGGGAUCAUCGCACUUGGCUUGGGUGUUUUGAGACUGGGAUUUCUGGUAGAGCUCAUCUCCACAACCGCUGUGGGAGGAUUCAUGACGGGCUCUGCUCUUAACAUCGUCGCAGGACAGGUUCCUGCCUUGAUGGGUUACAACAAGCUGGUCAACACCCGUACUAGCACUUACAAAGUCAUCAUCGAGUCCCUCAAGCACUUGCCUGACACUAAGCUAGAUGCUGCGUUUGGUUUGGUCCCACUAUUCAUUUUGUACUUAUGGAAAUGGUUUUGCAACAGUGGAGGCCCCAAACUUGUGGAUCGUUACUGCAGACGCGAACGUACCGCAGCGAUCUGGCGUGGUGUAUUUUUCUAUUCCCAGGCUCUUCGUAACGCCAUAGUGAUCAUUGUGUGCACUGCGAUCGCUUGGGGGAUCAGCCACAACAAGAAAAAAGCUCCCAUUUCGCUGUUGGGUAAAGUUCCAUCGGGGCUCAAAGACGUGGGUGUUAUGACUGUGCCCGAAGGCUUACUCUCGAAGCUUGCUCCAGAACUGCCUGCGUCUGUGAUCGUGCUGCUUUUGGAACAUAUCGCCAUCUCAAAAGCUUUCGGAAGAGUCAAUGAUUACCGUGUGGUACCCGACCAAGAGCUUAUUGCCAUUGGUGCAACCAAUUUGAUCGGUACGUUUUUCAACGCAUACCCAGCUACAGGAUCGUUUUCCAGAUCGGCGUUAAAGGCUAAAUGUAACGUCAGCACUCCUUUGUCAGGUCUUUUCUCCGGCUCGUGUGUGUUGUUGGCAAUCUACUGCCUAACGUCUGCUUUCCGCUUUAUUCCUAAGGCCACUUUGAGUGCAGUUAUUAUUCACGCCGUCAGUGAUUUGGUUGCAUCUUACAAGACCACCUGGAGUUUCUACCGCACCAACCCACCUGAUUUCGUGUGCUUCAUCGUUACCGUUUUCAUCACAGUUUUCAGCAGUAUCGAAAAUGGUAUCUACUUUGCAAUGUGUUGGUCCGUUGCUGUUUUGCUAUGGAAAGUGGGUUUCCCUAGUGGUCAGUUUUUGGGUCGUGUUGAUGUUGCCGAAGUACUCAACCCUGUGCUCACUGGCGCUGACGACAGCGUUUCUAAUGAAGGCCAAUUGAACUCGGAUGGCAGCUUUUCUGGAUCUUACUCCGAUGUGUGGCCUGACUACAAGCUCAAGGGCCAGACCGAUAUCGAAGCUGGUGGCACUAUUGCCGAAGAAACCAGACAUAUAGCGCCUCCAACCGCCAGAAACGGUCCCAGCGUCAAGUUCCACACCAAAUGGGUUCCGUUCGACCAAUACAAUAGAGAAAUAAACCCCAGUGUCACGGUUCGUCCCGCUCCUCCAGGUGUUAUUGUGUUCCGGCCCAGCGAGAGUUGGACGUACAUCAAUUGUUCGCGCCAAUACAACGCCAUUUUUGACGAAGUGACGCGCCAGACUCGUAGAGGUCACCUUUACGUAGCCAACUCGAAGAACAAACGUUGGAACGACCCUGGUGAGUGGACUCCUCCGACUUUUCUCAAAAAGUUGUUCAAGAACAAGAAAGCUGGCAGUGCCGAUAUUUACGACAAUGAAGAGGCUGCAGUUUUGAGGGACGACCGUCCAGUGCUGCGCGUUAUCGCCAUGGACUGGUCACAAGUUGCACAAACCGAUGCCACGGGUCUGCAGACUUUGGUGGACCUGCGGAAAGCCGUGAACAAAUACGCUGACCGCCAAGUCGAAUUCCACUUCAGCGGAAUUAUCUCUCCAUGGAUCAAGCGCGGUUUGAUAAACGUUGGCUUCGGAACCGUCAAUGCUGAGCAUGCCGACGAAUCGCUACUGGCCGGCCACGCCAGCUACCAUGUGUUGAAGGCUUCUCCUACAACCGCCUCCGAUAUUUUUGAAGAAGAAGAGCCCAGUCCGAGAGCCAUCUACGCUGCUUCGGGAACCAACAAUCCGUUCUUCCAUCUGGAGAUGCCAGAUUUCGCUCAAUGGGAUUUGGGACAGGAAACUAUUUGA